AUGUUCUUCUUCUUUGUCUGUGGAACCCAGGACUUCUCUGGAGCCCUCAAGGGAUUUGAACAUAUUCGCGUUGUUUGUCCGGUAUGUUUACCCGCUAGUCAAAUGUGACAGUAAAUUUGUGGGGUGCUAAUUUGGCCUGUAGAGGUGUCAUAAUUCCUCCGGUCUGGCCGCCCCCAGACCUGUCUAGCGGCAAGCGGAACGCUUAGCAUGUCGAAUACUAAUAUCUAUUACUCGAGUAUAGUUGUCGCGAUUAAGCGCAGGAACUUCUUUACCUUCUGCUUCAUUCCUAUUGUCCCGAUUAGCUGGGGAGAGGUCGGUCUCCCCCAGCCCACGAUGGCGGGCGGUCCUCUGGGCGAAGGCUGACGACUGGUGUUAUGUAGGAAUUGAGAUGUAGCAUCUGCCAGUACCAUCAAUCGACGUUUGCCCCCUCGCUCUUAUUUUUGUUCCGAUGUGAGAAGCCAGAUUGGUACUGAUAGGGAGAACAGGAAUAAGGGACAGCUCACUAGCAUGCAAUCGCAGGGCGCACCAGCGGCUCCCCCCCAGUCCCACCCGCAAUAUAAGUAGACGAAGUCACAGUGCCAACGCGCUGAGCCGGGCACAUGAUGCGAUCCUAAGCGAAAGUGCUCCAGGAAACCAUCUUCUGGUGACAUUUUUUUUUCUUUUUCUUCUUCCCUCCUUUCAUGCUUGUUUUGUUUUGUUUUGUUUGGGGGCUCAAAGGAACGCGCGC